AUGUCGAGCCCCGGCUGGCUGACGCAGCUCAACCUCCUGUGGAGCGGCAAGGGGAACAUCCCUGUGGCGGACGCCAAGCCAGACGACAUAAAGGACCUCCUGGGUGGCGCCCUGUUCAAAGCGCUGUUCAAAUGGUUCACCGAGAGCGGCCCGGUGUACCUGCUGCCCACAGGCCCCGUCAGCAGCUUCCUCGUCAUCAGCGACCCCGAGUGCGCCAAGCACGUGCUGCGCGCGACCGACAACAGCACGCGCAACAUCUACGACAAGGGGCUGGUGGCGGAGGUCUCCAAGUUCCUCUUUGGGGAGGGCUUCGCGGUCGGCGGCGGCGAGCAGUGGCGCGCGCGGCGGCGCGCGGUCGGGCCGUCGCUGCACAGGGCAUACCUGGAGGAGAUGCUGCAGCGCGUGUUUGGGCCCUCCACGCUCUUCCUGUCAGACAAGCUCACCGCAGCAGCCAAGUCGGGCGCCCCCGUCAACAUGGAGGCUGCGUUCAGCCAGCUGACCCUGGACAUCAUCGGCAAGGCAGUGUUCAACUACGACUUCAACUCACUCACAAAGGACUCCCCCAUCAUACAGGCGGUUUACACAUCACUCAAGGAGACGGAGCAGCGCGCCACAGACCUGCUGCCGCUGUGGAAGUUUCCCAUCCUGGCGCCGCUGAUCCCCCGCCAGCGCAAAGCUCUAGCGGCGGUGGAGGUCAUUCGGGACACAACCAACAAACUCAUAAAGCAGUGCAAGGAGAUGGUGGAUGAGGAGGAGAUGCAGGCGGCGGCAGCGGCCACGGCGGAGGGGCGCGAGUACAUGAACAAGGGCGACCCCAGUGUGCUGAGCUUCCUCAUCGCGGCGCGCGAAGAGGUCGACUCCACACAGCUGCGUGACGACCUGCUGUCAAUGCUGGUGGCUGGCCACGAGACCACGGGCAGCGCGCUGACCUGGACGCUCUACCUGCUGGCAACGAACCCCUCCACCAUGGCGGCUGCACAGGAGGAGGUCGACCGGGUGCUGGGUGACGACGACAUGCCCAACGUGGCGCAGUACGGCCAGCUGGCGUACAUAACCCGCUGCAUCUGCGAGAGCAUGCGGCUGUACCCGCACCCACCGGUGCUGCUGCGGCGCGCACGCGUGGCGGACACGCUGCCCGGCGGCUACGAGACCCCUCGCUGGACCCUGAACCCUGCCAGGUACAUCCCCCUCAGCGGCGGCCCCCGGAAGUGCGUGGGCGACCAGUUUGCGAUCAUGGAGGCCACCACCGCCCUGGCGAUCUUGCUGCGCCGCUUCGACUUCCAGAUGGUGCCCGGCCAGAAGAUCAACAUGACUACUGGGGCCACAAUCCACACCACGGACGGGCUGUACAUGACGCUUAAGGAGCGGCGGCCGGCAGGCGGCGGCAGGGGCGGCGCGGGCGCGCCGCCAGAGCCGGCGGUGGCGGCGGCUUGA